ACACGGAGACAAUGCACCUUGAGAUCACAGCAGCACGGAUCGCGAGCCUCGCCCAGCCAGAGUCGAGCCUUCGGGAUGACAUCGUCAAUGUUCUCCAGACGCUUGUGCCUGGGUGGGCGCAGGAGACUGCGAUCUCCAUCUCGCAGCUGCACGGCGGCCAAUCCAACACGAUGUUUGCCUGCUUGACGACCAAUAGCUCGGUCGUCCUUCGCGUGUAUGGCCACGGCCUCGAUGCAUUCUUGCACCGUGACGAAGAGAUCUUUAUCUACCGUGCGCUUUCCGAGCAGCAUCUUGGCCUCGGGCUCAUCGGAACCUUUGAAAAUGGACGCAUUGAGACCUUUAUUGCUGGCCGACCGCUGACUGCGGUGGAUCUUCGAGCGCCGGCGAUGUUCACCAAGGUCGCGCGCCGCUUCCGAGUCUUCCACGGUGUCGACAUCGCGAUCGACCGGGUGCCGCGGCUGCUCGAUACGAUUGACGAGUGGCUGCGUCUCGCACAGAACGUGGUGACGCCAACACCUGUGGACUUUGACGCGUGGACGCUCGGGUGGGCGCGCUUGCAGGCUCUCGUGCGGUCCGUGCCGUCGCCGAUCGUGUUUUGCCACAACGACCUCAACUGCAGCAACAUCAUGCUGUCGAGCGAGACAAAUGAUGUGGUCUUUAUUGACUUUGAGUACAGCCACUACAACCCGCGCGGCUUUGACAUUGGCAACCACUUUGCCGAGUGGUGCUACUUUAUGCACGGGCCGCCCGACGAAGUCGGCGACGUCGCCAUGUACCCCAGCGAGGCGGACCAGCGGGCGUUCUGCGCCGCGUACUUGAAAAGCGCGGACGAAGCGGCGAUUGAAGCUCUCCGACUUGAAGCCAAUGUCUAUGCACUGGCGGCGCAUCUCUACUGGGCGACGUGGGCGAUCGUGCAGUCGCCCAAGUCGUCGCCGGCCUUCGACUAUUUUGCGUACGGCAUUGGUCGCUGGGCCCUUUUUCAAGCCCAAGAAGAAGCUGUCACCGCGGCUGUGCAUGCUUCCAUGUCGACGCCACAAUAAGCAUUCGAGAAGACACGCCUAACUCAUGCACUCGAAUCGAAUGAGAUUCCCAGUCGGC